CGUUGCCAGGGGGACCUCACCCCCCCUUCCACAAACCGUUGCUUAGGGUAUUCCCAAGUAGUAACUGUUGCAAGACUUCCCCCCACCACAUACGCACAAGCAUUCCUAAGCAAGCUAGGGAUAUCACAUACAUAUACAGACACGCAUUUUUCGUUUUGCUGGGGCAUUUGUGGGACUUGCCAACUUGGGUGACCUACUUUAUCAGUCAUGCCUGGAGAAAAUAUACACAGUUGCUUCAAAGAAGGGGUGAACUUAACAAAAUCCCUCAUUGCACAGAGGAACCUGUUUGCUUCGGUGGAGAAAGAGGUUCCAGAGAGCAUAUCUCAAGCCCUGACAUCUCUUCUGGUCCUCCGACUAGAUAGGGAGAGAAUCAGCUGCAUCCCAAACCUGCAAGGUUUAGAACAGAUCCACAGCAUCUACCUGCAACAGAACCAAAUAGAAAAAAUUGAAAAUCUGAGCUGCUUUCCCAAUUUGAAAUUCCUUUCGCUAGCUGGGAACCGCAUCAGCAGAGUGGAGAACCUCCGGGCCCUCCCAAAGUUGCAGUUUCUUGAUCUUUCACACAACCACAUCAAGUCUCUGAACACAGAUGAGCUGCCCCAGAGCCUUCUGGUUCUUGAGUUGACAGGAAAUAAAUGUACCAAACAGAACAGCUACAGGGAAUCUGUUUUGGCAGCCCUGCCCCACCUCAUAGAACUGGAUGCCCAUCAUGUUCCCAACCGAAAGGCUAGGGAAGAAAUGGAGGAAAGUUUGGAAGACAGUGAUGAGGACAUUCCUGAGCUCUCUCAGCCUCUGAGCACAGAAAAAGUAGACUUCUUUGUUGACCUCCAUAACGAGUUUACCAGUCGCUCAGAACGAAGAAGGAGGGAGGCCCUCAGUGAGCAUGAGGCUCAUCUAGAGGAGCUGAAGGACCGGCAGAAUCUGAGACAUCUGCUGCUUAAUGCAAGUCCCCAGGGACCAAGUCCACCAGGCCCUAAAACCCCCACCAUGGAGGCUCUUACACCCCAAACUGAAUGCCAUGGUGCACCUAGACCAUCUCUAGAAACGGCAAGUUCCACAGAUCAUGAAGGACUGAGUAUACCAAAGGGGAAGUCUGAGGUCAGAAGCCAGGUCCAGGUAAAAGGACAGGUAUCCAGUAUGGCUAAAUAUGUGACAAAAGCAAAAAAAUGACCCUUUGCACUAUGGGGAAACACUUCACAAUCCUCAUGAGUCAUCUUUAUGCUUUUGGGAAGCAGGUUGCAAACAGCACUUCUGGGCAUUUAACGGGCAACGGUUGCUCUUCAUCUAUAUUUACCAAGGGCUGGCAGUAGAAGGGAAGGAAGGAAGCUGCCAGUCUGAAAUAAAAGCUCAUUGAUGACCUGUGUUGUAGUUGCUAGCCAUUGAGGAAAGGAUGGGGGCAGUGAAACCAACUGCACAUUUACUAGCCUCACUAGGAUUACAGUUGCCCCAUGUGGUUUGCUAUGCUUGUUGAAAUCCGGCUGUGUCUGUAGCACAAAUAUAAACUGGGUCGAAGCUGGUUUACCUGUCCUUGCUUCCCCCCAAAGACUUGUUUGGAAGGUAUGAUAGUUAAAGCUGGUCUGCCAAUGAUAACUUCUAUUAUAUAUCCUUAAAGGAGAGUGUGCAUGAAAACACCGCAGGCUAAAAUCUACAUACAGGGAAAGGGGAAGAGAAAUGAAGAUUUUCCUCAUCAACCUGCCAAAAGGUAUU